GUGCAGUAUUACUAGUAUUACAACACUGCAACCCCCCCGGCCUACCAACAAGUAAUUCUUCCACCUUGCAUUCCGCAUCUCGCAAACUUUCUUCUCUCUCCGUUCGUUAAUUCAUUCGUUUUUUCUGUAUUUGCUUCUUCUUACCUCCCUAUUUCUGCCUCCACCGCCCUGAAUUCCAGGUGGUGCAUUUCGCUCGCUUCACCACCGCCCAUAUCUGUCACGAAGCGAACGUUGAAUCCACCAUUUCCUUGGCAGUUUCGAGGGAUACCCGCCGAAUCAACCUGAGACAACAAUUAGAGUCGCGCGCGUUGUGGCUAGCAGGAGAAGAUAACGAAAAGAGCACAUCGUUUUCAUGAUCGCAUCAAUUUGGAUCUGGUCGCAAAAUUAGUUAAGGUGAACAGGGGAAGCUAAAUGAACGCUGGUCGGACUUGAAGAAUUCUCUAGGCAAUGAAGUUCUCGAUAGGGACGCCGCUCUUGGCGGCUAUCUCCUUUGCUUCGCUUAUCCUUCCCGCGACGGCCGAACGAAUACUGCAAUCUACCUCCCUUAACAUCUGCCAGGAAAACUCGGGAUUUACCGCCAGUUUAUUUAACGUUGUCUACAACCCCAGUGAAGGUAUCGCCAAAGUCAAUAUCUCUGCUCUUUCAACCAUCGAGGCAAAGGUUGUCUUCGAUAUCGACAUUAGCGCCUAUGGAUAUUCCUUCCUUCACAGGACUAUUGAUCCUUGUGAUGUCGGUCUAGCCGGAUUCUGCCCCAUGGUAUCUGGAAAACUGGGAGACCCUUUCGUACUUCCAGUCAGCCAAGAUGCCACUGGCAAUAUUCCUUCUAUCGCUUACGACUUCCCCGAUCUUGAUGCCAAGGUAAAGGUUUUCAUCAAUGCUACCGAUGGCGACCGAGCAGGACAAAGCGUUGCUUGUGUCGAAGCCUUGAUCUCGAACGGACAGACGGUCAAUCUAAUAGGUGUAAAAUGGGCCUCUGCUGUAGUAGCUGGUUUGGCUCUCGCUUCGUCCGCGUUUUUAUCUGGGUUGGGCCACACAAAUGCCGCUUCCCAUGUGGCUGCGAACGCAUUGUCGCUGAUGAGCUACUUUCAAGCUCAGGCUAUGGUUGGCCUUGUCGGAAUUCCUCUGCCCCCCGUCGUGCAGUCAUGGACUCAAGAUUUCCAGUGGAGCAUGGGUAUUAUUAGUGUCGGGUGGAUGCAACGCAUCUUCACUUGGUAUCAGCGAUCGACAGGGGGUGUUCCAUCUACGCUAAUCACGCAGGUAGACUCGCUAGCGACAGUAUCCGUUCAAGUCCAAAAACGUGCUAUCGAUCUUUUUGAACGUGGAGCAUCAAUGCUUCCUCGUAGCUUGGUCGAACAUGGCACGAAGAUUAUGAAGCGGGGGAACGUUCAGACCAGCUAUGGAAGUUUCAUCGUGUACGGCAUUCAGCGCGUCGCCUUCAAGGCGGGAAUUGAGAGCACGAACCUCUUCUUGACGGCAAUCGUCUUUUUUUACAUCAUCAUGGCCCUGACCACUCUUUGCGUGGUUGCCUUCAAAGGCGGUUGCGAACUGGCAGCGAGACAAAAGUGGAUGAAGGGUGAUACCUUCUUAGAAUUCCGCAAUGGUUGGCGCACUGUUCUCAAAGGCAUUCUCUUCCGAAUGGCCCUUAUCGGACAUCCUCCAGUGACAAUUCUCUGUUUAUGGGAAUUCACUCAGAAUGACUCCGCCGCACUGAUGGUCAUGGCUGUAUUUUUCCUACUUGCCCUCAACGCUGUUCUCGGCUGGGCGGCAUAUAAGGUAAUCCGCGUUGCGCGUCGUUCAGUCACACUUCACAGGAACCCGGCCUAUAUCUUAUUCUCCGACCCUCAAACCCUUAACAAAUGGGGUUUCCUCUAUAUCCAAUUCCGUGCCUCCGCUUAUUACUUCAUUGUUCCGGUCCUUGGAUACACCAUCGUGAAGGCAUUUUUCAUCGCAUUUGGUCAGAACUCCGGUAUCGCCCAAGCCAUAGGAUUUAUCCUAAUCGAGGCUGCCGCUCUUAUUGCCGCCGCCGUUUUACGACCUUGGAUGGACAAGAAGACGAACUCUUUCAACAUCACCAUUUGCGCAGUCAAUUUUAUCAACGCCAUUUUCCUACUUAUCUUCACCAGUGUUUUCGAUCAGCCAGCUCUUGUCACCGGUGUUGUUGGUGUCGUGUUAUGGAUUCUGAAUGCGGCUUGUACACUGGUGCUCUUGCUCAUGCUGAUUAUCACUACUGGUCUGGUUAUCUUCAAUGGCAACCCUGACGGACGUUACAAGUUCAUGGCCGAUGAUCGUACCUCUUUCAUGAAGUCCCAGAGCCAGCUUGCCACUACCACCGAACUUGACGCUUUGGCUAUAACUGCCCGUGGCGAGAAGCCGGGAUAUUCAUCUGUGCUUGACCUGGAGGAUGACUCAUCCUCCCACAACCGUGGCUCCUCGCACCGAAGCCAAGGGUCUGCGGUUGAAUCAAACAACAAUUCCCACCACGCCCCAUCGCACUAUGCUCCACCCCGCUCGCCUGUCGACCCGAUCAACAGAACUGCGAGUCCGUAUAGCGGCUCAGUAUCCUCGGUUGGACGUUCACAAAACAACGCCAGCCCGGCAGGUUUCAAGCCACCUACUAGUCCAAGCCCUUGGCAACGUGGAGCCGGUUACGAGCACUAAAAAGACUAACCAAUAAUGAGUAUGACGUUUGGGUAUGGUCUAGUUUUAGAUGAGCUACUAGAUACCCCCAAAAAAUCCCUUUGUGAGAUAGGUUCCUGUUUUUAUGCAUAUAUCAACGCGCCCGCGAGCCCAGGCCACGCUUUACUGCCUUGACCGGGGUGGAAUAAAAUUGAGAGGAUUAAUACCUACCAAUUGAUUUCCCCCAAACAUAAGGUAUCCAUCUCGUUCUACGUGUGCUGGUAGCCUAAUGUGUUGGUAGUGGCAAUUCUUUUCGGCAUAAACGGCGUUGGGAAAGGGGAUAGGGGGUUGGUUAUUCGAGCUACAUAGCACCGAAGUCCUGAUUUUUCGGUCACCAAAUUUUAUCUUCUGUACAUGUGUUAAGUUUCCAGCUUUGUUUCACGGCAUGCUAUUCGACGUGCGGUACCCUACGAAUUAUACUGUCGCCUUGAAUGCCCCAUCAAUUGUCUAAUGAAUCUUCGUGUUACGGGAGGACGUGCUUCAUAAAUUUAAUGAUAAGCUGCGGUGCAUCGUAUUACAUAAUCGUGUGUGUGGUGGGUUUGCUUAUGUAAUACCAGCCCCUAUUUCUUGUAACCCCUUUUCUGGAGGAUUUAGAUCGACUAGGGUGGUUAGCGUCAGCACAUCACAGCCUCAAUCUACUAGCAUAUGUCAAAGGUUGGUUUUACAUCAAA